AUGAAUUUAAURUGUAAUUAUUGUCAUGCAUUAAAAUGGUCCAAAGAGCCUACAGGUUUUUACUGUUCAGGAGAAAAAGUUGUUUUGGAAGAUAUUGCUGAUCCRCCUGAACGAUUAAAAAGUCUCUUAAAUUUUUCUCAUGAAAAUUCAAAGAAUUUUUUGGAUAUGAUACAUAUUUAUAAUUCGGCUUUCCAAAUGAGGGCUGACAGAAAACCACAAACAGAACAUCGUGUUCGAUAUAAUACUCCUCAAACUAAUGAAGUAACCAUAUUAAUUGUCGGACAAGAAUUUUUUAAAAGAKAUAUUAUAUUAAGAKCUAGAGAUAAUAUAUUAACACGCAAUGGUUAUUCUAUUGAUGUUUCGCAAGUUAAUCCAAUUACAAAAAUUCCUCUUAAUAAAACUGUUUCCGCCAUGGACUUUUACUCUUAUAGACUCCAAAUCAGAGAAAAUUCUAAUAUUAUACUUAAAUACGRAAAACUUUUGAAUCGAUAUAUUGUUGAYAUGUACGCGAAAAUUGAAACUGAAUGGCUUCAAUAUCUAAGAGCAAAUCAAAUUAGAUUACGAACUGAACUUUACACUGACCUUCAAGAUGCGAUGCAAGCUGACGGAAACCCAGAUCAACCCAGAUCUCAGCCAGAGAGUGAUUUUACYAUCUUCAUUUGUUGGUGGUCCACGCUACAUGCAGAAACGUAA